AGAGGACGGUCUUCACGAAAUAAAGUUUGCGUUAAAAAAGUGGUGUAAUUAUUUGGUUCCAACGCUGUUCGAAUGAUUUAUGUGAUCAUUGAAACCUGCUAAAACUCGUGUUUGGUAAAGUUUGUGUAGUGUCCAAGUGGAAAACACACCAACAAGAGCACAUUCUUUCUGUUCUCUUAUGUAAAAUUGGGUGUAGUUGUAGUGUCGAACUGGAUUCAUGUACCCAUACUUCAGUGCAGUGUCUGGCGUUUGGCGGUUUUUAUCCUGUCUUUUCAUUCAUUGGAAGUUGUACCUGCGGGAAGGAUCACACUGAAUUCCUAGCACGAAUAAAACAUCUGCCAGGGGGUACAAAUUGAACUUUUCGUACCUGAUUUUAAGAUUACUUAUAAUUAGUGGUACCGAAGAAGUUAGUGAUAGAGGUGGAUCGACGGCAGUCGCAUAGUGGUCAUUGUUUUGGUUGGAUAUUUUCUAUAAGAUUCUUGGACGGGCUCACAAGAGAAUCCCAUUGCCCAAAGAGAUCGAAAAACAGCUGGCAUAUUCCGGUAUGGCCACCAUACAGACGAGUAAGGUUGCAUUGCAAUACGGCCAACGUUUUACCAAUGCCACCAGUGGACCAUCGGUUCCGGGAGUUAUGGCCGUUGCCCCUAUGCAGGAAGCAGAUCGCAUCGCACAGUCACACCAGCAUCAACAGUACGGUUCCAUGUCCGGGCAGAAGGAAGCGGUAAUCUUGAACCAUGUGAUGAGCAAUGUGGCUCCAGUGAACGUGGUCAGUUCCGUCCUGUCCGGUGUAGAUUCUCACGCGCAGCAAGGGCAGCUCCAUUCAGCACUUCCGAUGCAGCCACCCGUGCCAAAGAUGUGGCUCCUGGUAGCAUGGGAAACGCCAGCCGGAGAACCGAACACCUAUUCGGUGAUUGAUUCGUCGGAGCUCAUUCUGCACAGCCAAUCCGGCAGCACCCGAGAGACCAUCCACACCGGAAAGACGAUUUUUGUUCGGCGGGGUAAAAAGAUUCAACAGGCUACGGUGGUCAUCAUUUCCGAUGAUAAACAGUUUAUAGAUACUGAGGUCCGACAGCUGCGAAAAAUGGCCGCGGAAAACCUUUACCGCAAUACGGUAGUGCCUCAAGGGCAACACAAUGUUGCGGUAAAUCAGGAGCAGCAGGUAAAACGUCGCCGAAUAGAACCGAGUGCACCGCCUGCGGACGAACAUGAACCCGCCAGUCCCGAAUACGAGCCUAUGCCAACUCAUUCCCAGCUUGCCACCGCCAACUGGGUAAACAGUUGCAAAAACGAACGAAUCAUGUCGCCCUCUCCUUCGGUAAUGUCGGUACAGGUGAACAAUCCGGCUUCCUUCUCGAAACCACCGCCACCGAUGACGUUCGAUCAGCAAACGCAAACCGAUACGAGGUACUUUCCUCAAGAUGGGGGUAAUCAGACGAACCAACCAGAGUUGACCAAAAUAUUAUCCCUGCUGGAAACGAUCGUUUCGGAGCAGAAAAUCGUCCGAAUGGAAACCGAGUACAACCGCAAGCUGACCUACGACAUGAUGGAACAGCAGAACACAUUUUCAGAAACGCUCAAGAAUCUGGUGUCGAAGGUGGACGUUGUCAACAAGUUUGAAAUAACCGAAGUGAUGAAAAACCCCGACGACAAUGUUUCCAGUUACGUUGUUUUGGGUACCGGUGGCGAAGAGAGUCAAGAAAGAGAAUCGAGCAUCGCGGAAUCUACGGUUUACAAACCGUCCGCGUCAAAUGGCAGCCCCAACCUGAUGAUAGAACAUGUGAAUGCCCAGGAGGAAAGUAACCUGUCAUUCUCGCAGAGCAAAUUUGCCAUUCACGAAGAAAGUUCCGUUAAUUCGGCAACGUCCACACCAAAGAAUCUCAACUUUACCAAUAAACUGUCUUCUUCAGCGCUAAGUCUCAGCAAUGUCAGUAUUCAAUCCCAUGCGAGUAACAAUCCGCCCAGCAACGCCAAAAUGUCCGCCGUCACCGAGAUGCUGAAAGAUUGGAACGAUGACGAUGGCGGAGAUGAAGCCGAGCUAACCACCAUUGGACCCAACAACACCAUGGUAAAGAAACAAAUCCUACGUGCAAUCAACUGGACCAACUACAAGGCCGCCACCCGAAAGCUUCUGAUGACUCUGUUUUCCCGCGAAGUGCUCGCAUCCCACACUCUAACCGGUCGUCCUUCGCCGGCCUUCAUGGGAGACCGUGCCAAACCGGUCAAGGACAAACUGGACCAGAGGAUCAUCGCCGACAUCAUUGCCAUCGUGGCGAAAAGGUGCAACGUUUCGGAACCGAUGGUGCGUACGGCCAUCACCACCAAAUGCGCCGACGAGAACAAAAUGAGCCGAAUGAAGCAAUACAAGAGCGGAUCCAACAUAUCCGUUGGGGGGCGACAGUACGCCGCCGGACAGGAUGCUGGAGGUGGCGCGAUGCACAGCAGUACCUCCGACAUCGACACCAGCCUCAGUAUGGAUGCAACUCAAACCGCACCACCGUACGCGCGAAGAGUCAAGCGCGAGAACAAAGAAAAUGUACAUUGAUGCAAGGUGUGGGAAGGAAAGUUGCCAAAAGUUUAGAUGUUUUUACUUUCGCCAUCGUUGAGGCUGCCAUCUCCAUUUCGAAUCCAUCGUUUUAUCUUCCAAUGUUUCCAAACUAUGUUUUUUAAAGUGUUAAUUUUAUGGAACGUGAAAUAGGCAGUGAUUGUUUUUACUGAGGAAAGACAGAAAGAGCACAUUUGAAGCGCCAAUGUACAAAAAAACUAAUGUUUCUAGCAUUCGAACUGCACUCUAGCUUUAAGUUGAGUAGUUUUAUGGAACCGACAUUUUUUUCUAUUAUAUAUAUUGUAUAAUAUAACUAACUUUGUGAAAUAAAAGAGGAGAAUUUUUGAA